CCAAAGCGUGCAGCGCGUGCACCGAUGACGCACCCAGAUUGGAACAAGAUUCGCUGAAGGUCGGACGGCGGAUCCGAGGUUCCGUUCCACGGACGCCCCGGGCAGCAGAUCCGCAGCGGUAGUCGAGAAGCAGACCCCCCGCGUGCUUUCUCCGAGACCGCAAAGCCGGACAUUCCUGCCGCCGGGUCCUCGCGCAAGACCAAGCAAGAAGCGUCGUAACGCGCAAAUUCUCCCCCAGGCCCGACCAUGCAGAACCAGGUGGGCGCCCAGCAGGGCGGAGCAACGCCUGCGGGCUCGCCUACGCCUUCGCCCGGAAACGUGUCGUUCGGCCGCUCCCCUUCCACCACUGUCAUCGUGAACCUGAGCCGGGAGAAGUUGAACCGGGGCGGGGCCCGGCCGAUCUUUCCGUCGGUCAGCGCGCUGCCGGCGCUGCAGAACAUGCAGCGCAUGCAGCAGGGCAUGCUCGGCAUGGGGCAGCAGCAGCAGCAGCAGCCGAACCUAGCCCAGCUGCAGCAGGCCGCUCUGCUUCAGCAGGCCGGCGGUCUCGGCGGGCAGCAGGGUUCCCUGGGCGCCUUGCUUUCGGGUUUGCAGGGAUCGCUGGGUGGCCUACAGGGUUUACAAGGGCUCCAGCAACCCAUGAGCGGCAUGCAACAGAGCUCACCUACUCUCAUGGGACAAGCCACGAUAGGAAUGCCUCCCGGAAACAUGUCCCUCGGCCUCAAUCUCGGCAUGGGAAUGCAACAGGGGCAGCAGCAACAGCAGCAGCAGUACAACAACCUCCUGGCGCAGCAACAGGCAGCCGCCAACCUGCUGGGAAAUCAGCGGUCCAGUUUGCUGGGCGGGCAGCAGUCCAACGUGCUCGGUCAGCAGUCCAGCUUGCUGGCCGCUCUGCAGAAUCAGCAGCAGAACCGCAUGCUGGCACAGCAGGGCUCGGGCCAGCUGCUGGGCAUGGGUCAGCUGGGCGGUUCCAGCCAGAUGGGAAUGAUGAACACGCUUACCGGAUCGGUUUCGUCCAACCCGCAAUUGGGACUGCUCAGCGCCAGCCUCAUGUCCAACAGCCCUCAAAUUUCGCAGCAAAAGUCACAGGGCACCUUCAACGCUCUCAUGCCGGCGUCCCGCGCGUCGAAGCCCUUGCUCCAGGCCAUGGAGACCCUGCAGGGUGGCGCGCCGGGCCUCCAGGGCAUUUCGGGUCCGCCCGCGCUAGCCGGCACGCCGGCGCCCAUCGUCAUGUCGCAGCCCAUCACCAACGCCGGGCUGGCCCCGCAGAUGCAGCACCUGCUGCUCAAGGGCCUGCCCGGUUACACCUCCACCCUGGUCCUCAUCCUGGUGCCCCAAGAUUAGCGAAGCGAUCCGCCGUCCGCCGCGCGCUAACCCCACCUUCCUGCAGAACCAGCGGCAAUAAAUUCUCGCUCGAAGUUUCCGCGA